AUGCCACCCCAAACGCAACGAAGGCGGCGACGAGACUCCGACGAUGAAGAGGAAGUCGAACCCCGCCGCCGACAUUCGAGACGCCAGGACUCAGAGGACGAGGAUGACGAGGAAUUAGACGAGGACGGAGAUGUCGACAUGGCCAGCGCAAGCGACGAGGUGGGUCUGGUAAAAAAGCUCGUUCGAUAUGCACUGGCAUGCGAGUAUGCAAGAAUACCAAUCAGACGCGAUGGUAUCAGAGAUAAGGUGUUGGGUAACAACCCUCGGGCUUUUAAGAAGGUCUUUGACGGCGCCCAGCUCAAUUUGCGGCAGGUGUUUGGUAUGGAGAUGGCCGAGCUUCCUGUCAAGGAGAAGAGGACAUUGAGAGAGAAGCAAAAACAAAGCGCAACACAGAGACAGGCAGCCGCGCAAGGCACGGCAUCGUCCAAAACGUAUAUUCUCGUCUCGACUUUACCAAGCGCCUAUAAGACUGCAUCCAUCAUAACCCCGUCGCGAGUUCCUAGCUCUUCAGAGGAGGCCGAAUAUACUGGAUUUUACACAUUCGUUAUUGCACUCAUCGCUCUGAAUGGUGGUGAGCUGAGCAAUGUCAAAUUCUUUGACUAUCUCGGUCGAAUGAAUGCAGACAGAAACCUGCCAUUUGACAAGACUGAGAACGUUCUGGUCAAGUUGGUGCGACAAGGAUAUCUUGAAAAGGCAGUUGAGAAGACGGAAGGGGACGAGGAUACCAUAACUUGGCAUGUGGGCACAAGAGGCAAGGUCGAGGUGCCCCCCGAGAGUGUCGCUGCAUUCGUCAAGGAGGUUUGGAAAACGGAUAUACCGCGGGAUCUCAACAAGAGAAUCAACAAGAGUCUCGGGCUUCAAGGCGGUGCGGCGCUCCCCGAAGACCAAGAAGGCGAGAACGGCGCAGAGGGAGAAUAA